AUGACUGCCUCGCCCCCGCCGCCAAAGCGACCCCAGAGUGACAGCCAGGACCCAUUUGUCACGUUUACAAAGGCAUCUAAUUUGUAUGCGAUUUUGUUUAAUUUUAGGUCUCUAGCCACUAGAAGACAGCUGUCGCGAACCUAUGCCACCAUAGCGUCGUCCACGGCAUUCUCCGGCCUAGGAGCAUAUAUUCACAUCUAUCAGGUGAUCCCGUAUGUCCAGGGUGGAAUCUUGUCAUUUAUGGUGUCUAUUUUUGCACUUCUUUCACUGAGCUUUGGAUAUCCGUUCAUUAGAGGCGAUCCGAGCCGAGCCACGCUGCGCGUGGGGCUCCUCAGUGCCUUUUCGUUUGCAUAUGGGCUGUCGCUUGGGCCUUUGCUUGAUACGCUUGUUUCGAUCUCAAAUGAUUCGAUCGUGCCCACCGCAUUUCUUUUGACAACUCUAAUUUUCGUGUCGUUCUCAUCGAGCGCGAUUUUCUCGCAACGAAGAUCAUUUCUGUUUCUGGGCGGGUUUCUAAUGGCUACCAUGUCCGUGCUCACCGUACUGGGACUGAUGAACAUUUUUAUUGGAUCUCCGCUUUUGUUCAGCAUUGAUCUUUAUGCAGGCCUGAUAGCAUUCUGCGGAUUUCUGCUUUUCGACACGCAAGUGAUAAUUGAGCGCAUCGAGUCCACUGAAGAGAGCUACCGUGGCACGGAUUUCAAUUCGGAAUAUCAACAUGACACUGUGCAAGAUGCUCUCAAGCUUUUCAUGGAUGCCGUUUCGAUAUUCAUCAGAUUGGCCACCAUUUUGGCCAAAAACUCGGCAAAGAAAAAUGAGGAUGAGCCCAAAUCAACCCGCAGAAAGAUGCGCGGAUAA